AUGACAGAAUCCAUUUAAUUUCGUGGUCCACUCGAAGUUGAAGGGCCAGGUACCCAUUCUAUAUAUUUAGAUGACUUAGAUGAUGACGACAACUAUAUGAGACCAGGUUUAGAAACUACAGGCUUAUAGAAUCGUAAACAAAAAGAUCAGCCAACCAAAAAGUCCCUCUACUUCGCAGUCUUUUGCUUCUUUGCAGGCUUAUUUUAUUUCUACCUUACAUAUGAAUCACCAAUCACCAUCCAUGCUGAAUAUGCUACCAAAACUACAUUCGGAUGCAACCGACAACACUCAUGGACUAAAUAAGGCUGCGAACCUAAUCCCAUUGGAUGCUACUUAAGUGUUGAAAAAUCGUCCUAUUGUUCUGUUUGUGAACCAACUUACCAUCUCUCCCUCAAUGGAACUUGUGUGGAGGAAUGCAAAGAAUCAAAUGGCCAAUUUUGCACAUCUAAGAAUAAUACCAUAGUCUCAAACAUCUAUAAACCAAAAAAUAGUUCCCAUUCCCAGUUUGAAAUACCCUACAUUUUGAUUCAUCAUCCAGACUCUGCAGGAAUACUGUAUGUUUCUGAUGAUAACCUGUUUAAAUUAGAACCAUUCCUAAAUCUCAACUAUACAGUGGUCAAAUUUGAAGACUACUUCUUAUUACACAACCAAGAAUUCCAUCCUGCUUUUAAAGAUUUUUAAUCAUUUAUAGAGAACACAUUGCUUGAUGGAAAAUCAAUCAAAAAGAAUUAUGUUGCCUUCUAGGACAAAUCUCAAGGCCUACUUUACUAUCUAGCUUCCUCAAACAUCACUGAUCCCAUUGUGUUGGUUUAACCAGCCCUUUUGGAAUCAACCUAAUUUUAUGAUGAUAUCUUUGAAAUCCAAUCAUUUGAGAAACUAUUUGCUAAUAGAACCUUUGGUGUCACUGUGCUUCAUACAGGAAGUGUCCCAGAUUAAAUUAAAUGUAAGAAACCUGUGAGAUUGAUGCCUGAAGUGGAUAAUUUGGAGGACAAGGACUAAAAAGAUGAAGGCGAAGUUAAAACAAUUGCAGAGGUUGAUUGUCUUUAAGUAGAAGAUUCAUAAAUUAUUGAAAAAAUUGUACAUCCUAAUUGA